UGGAGGCACAUGCGGCUGCGGGCAAGUUGUAGAAGGGAGAAAGAGCACAUGUGGCAGUGCCAACACACCAAGCACUAGUGCACCCAGCACAGGAGGACUAGUGCACCCAGCACAGGAGGACUAGUGCACCUAGCACAGAAGGAGUAGUGCACCCAGCACAGGAGGACUAGUGCACCCAGCACAGGAGGACUAGUGCACCUAGCACAGAAGGAGUAGUGCACCCAGCACAGGAGGACUAGUGCACCCAGCACAGGAGGACUAGUGCACACAGCACAGAAGGAGUAGUGCACCCAGCACAGGAGGACUAGUGCACCCAGCACAGGAGGACUAGUGCACCCAGCACAGGAGAGCUAGUGCACCCAGCACAGGAGGACUAGUGCACCCAGCACAGGAGGACUAGUGCACCCAGCACUGGAGGACUAGUGCACCCAGCACAGGAGAACUAGUGCACCCAGCACAGGAGGACUAGUGCACCCAGCACAGGAGGACUAGUGCACCCAGCACAGACAGGAGAAGUAGUGACUGUGCCCCUGCACCCAGCACAGGAGGAGUAGUGACUGUGCGUGCCCCUGCACCCAGCACAGGAGGAGUAGUGAGCGUGCCCCUGCACCCAGCACAGGAGGAGUAGUGAGCGUGCCCCUGCACCCAGCACAGGAGUAGUGAGCGUGCUCCUGCACCCAGCACAGGAGUAGUGAGCGUGCCCCUGCACCCAGCACAGGAGGAGUAGUGAGCGUGCCCCUGCACGCAGCACAGGAGGAGUAGUGAGCGUGCCCCUGCACAGGAGGAAUAGUGAGCGUGCCCCUGCACGCAGCACAGGAGGAGUAGUGAGCGUGCCCCUGCACCCAGCACAGGAGGAGUAGUGAGCGUGCCCCUGCACCCAGCACAGGAGUAGUGACUGCCCCUGCACCCAGCACAGGAGGAUUAGUGACUGUGCCCCUGCACCCAGCACAGGAGGAGUAGUGACUGCCCCUGCACCCAGCACAGGAGGAUUAGUGACUGUGCCCCUGCACCCAGCACAGGAGGAGUAGUGACUGCCCCUGCACCCAGCACAGGAGGAUUAGUGACUGUGCCCCUGCACCCAGCAUAGGAAGACGAGUGCAACCAGCACAAGAGGCUAGUGCACCCAGCACAGACAGGAGUAGUGAGCGUGCCCCUGCACCCAGCACAGGAGGAGUAGUGAGCGUGCCCCUGCACCCAGCACAGGAGUAGUGAGCGUGCCCCUGCACAGGAGGAAUAGUGAGCGUGCCCCUGCACGCAGCACAGGAGGAGUAGUGAGCGUGCCCCUGCACCCAGCACAGGAGGAGUAGUGAGCGUGCCCCUGCACCCAGCACAGGAGGAGUAGUGAGCGUGCCCCUGCACAUAGAAGAUGGGCAUCAUGCAUCUGCUGCUGAGCUCUAUGGCCCUAGUUGGCUUUACGGUGGCAGUAUGCCAGCUGCUGCGCUCAGUGGCCCGCUGGAAGGUGCGCUCAGGACUGGCACAGGAUCUGCUGGUAGAAGUUGUGUCCACCCUUCAGUUGAGCUGCUGCACCAGGGAGAUGUUCUUAUUUGGCACUUUAGGUGGCAUCCAACCCUGGCAGGGACUGGCGCUCACCUACCUGCUGACCGUAGUGCACUGCCUGACCUUCCAAGGAGCCACCUGUAACCCAUGUGGCAGUUUGGAGCAGUGGCUGCGGGCACAGUCCCCUGGGUCACACAUCAUCCUGAGGGUGGCAGCACAGUUUAUUGGUGCUGCGCUGUCCCGGGUGCUGAUGCCCAACAUCUGGCUGCUGGGAUUCUCCCCUCUGCACGAAUGGAAAGACGGGUGCAGGAGCCCCUUGAAUAUGGCACCUUGGCAGGGUGCCCUGGUGGAGAUGACUUGUGCCCUCAGCCUCUUCCUGGCAAUGCACUUUCUACCUCGAGUGAAGUCCCAGUACAGGCCCCAUGUGGUGGCCCUGACCAUCACCGCUAUCGUCUAUGAAGGAGGACCGCGGACAGGAGCCUUGUUUAACCCAGCGCUGGCCUUCGCUGUUGUCUUCUUGUGCCAAGGAAACAGCCUCGUGCAGUACAUCCUGGUGUACUGGGUCGGCCCGAUCAUCGGAACGGUCGUCUCCAUCGUGAUACUGGAACGCUGCAUUCCCAAACUGAAGCGAGAUAAAACCUCUCAUGUCAAAAGAGACUAGAAGAUCCCCCGGGAUCACAUGACUGCACCCUAAUAAUAACCCAUGCUGCAGCGAUCACCGACUCCUGUAAUGUAAUCUCCUCUUUUAUGGAUUGUUUUAAUGGACUUUUCUUACCUCAUUAUUUUUGGUGAAGAUCAUGGACAGCAG